GUGAGGACGCCGCGCGCGCCGCCGAGGAGCCUUGUUCCCGCCGCCGCCGCCGCUGCCGACAAGAUGGCCGACGGGGAGCUGAACGUGGACAGCCUCAUCACCCGCCUGCUGGAGGUACGUGGAUGUCGUCCAGGAAAGAUUGUGCAGAUGACUGAAGCAGAAGUUCGAGGAUUAUGUAUCAAGUCUCGUGAGAUCUUUCUCAGCCAGCCUAUUCUUUUGGAAUUGGAAGCACCACUGAAAAUUUGUGGAGAUAUUCAUGGACAAUAUACAGAUUUACUGAGAUUAUUUGAGUAUGGAGGUUUUCCACCAGAAGCCAACUAUCUUUUCUUAGGAGAUUAUGUGGACAGAGGAAAGCAGUCUUUGGAAACCAUUUGUUUGCUCUUGGCUUAUAAAAUAAAAUAUCCAGAAAACUUCUUUCUUUUGAGAGGAAAUCAUGAGUGUGCUAGCAUCAAUCGCAUUUAUGGAUUCUAUGAUGAAUGCAAGCGAAGGUUUAACAUUAAAUUGUGGAAGACCUUCACUGAUUGUUUUAACUGUCUGCCUAUAGCUGCCAUUGUGGAUGAGAAAAUCUUCUGUUGUCAUGGAGGACUCUCACCAGACCUACAGUCUAUGGAGCAGAUUCGAAGAAUUAUGAGACCCACUGAUGUUCCUGACACAGGUUUGCUCUGUGAUCUGCUGUGGUCUGACCCAGACAAGGAUGUACAAGGCUGGGGAGAAAAUGAUCGUGGUGUUUCCUUCACUUUUGGAGCUGAUGUAGUCAGUAAAUUUCUAAAUCGUCAUGAUUUAGACUUGAUUUGUCGAGCUCAUCAGGUGGUAGAAGAUGGGUAUGAAUUUUUUGCUAAGCGGCAGUUGGUAACCUUAUUUUCGGCUCCGAAUUACUGUGGCGAGUUUGACAAUGCUGGUGGUAUGAUGAGUGUGGAUGAAACUUUGAUGUGUUCAUUUCAGAUAUUGAAACCAUCUGAAAAGAAAGCCAAGUAUCAGUAUGGUGGACUGAAUUCUGGUCGUCCUGUCACUCCACCUCGAACAGCUAAUCCACCGAAGAAAAGGUGAAGAAAGGAAUUCUGAAAAGAAACCAUCAGAUUUGCUAAGGACAUACUUCAUGAUAUAUAAGUGUGCACUGUAAAACCAUCCAGCCAUUGACACCCUUUAUGAUGUCACACCUUUAACUUAAGGAGACGGGUAAAGGUCUUAAAUUUUUUUCUAAUAGAAAGAUGUGCUACACUGUAUUCUAAUAAGCAUACGCUGACAAAAUAUUCAACAAAGUUAAAUCCAAAUUCAAAUUAUCCAUUAAAGUUACAUCUUCACGUAUCACAAUUUUUAAAGUUGAAAAGCAUACCAGUGAAACUAGAUGUGCUAGUUAAACCAGAUGACAGCAUGAUGACCCAUCUGUGUAAAUGUGGCUUUAGUGUGGCUUGCUUGUUUCAUUAUUUUGGGCUUGUUUUGUUUGUUUGUUUGUUUUUGCUAGAAUAAUGGUAAUUACUUUUCAUUUUUCCCCAAAAACCUUUUAAAAAGUGAAAUACGGGAAGAGCUUUAAAGACAUUUACCAACUAUUUUUCUUCGCUUACCUAUUUUUGUGUUUGAGCUUAUUAAGCCUCACUCAGUAAAAAGGAAUUUUAGAAAUUGAUGGUUUUUAAGAAUAUACAAACUUUCCAAUCCAAUUAUUUUAAUCAGUUUUUGGGUAAGCCUUGCUUUUUACAAAAUUGCCUCUUAUUUGGUUCUGUGCACUCUUAACUUUAAUUUAUUGAUGCUCUAUUGUCAUUUGUCUCUAAGAUAAGGAUCAUACAGUAUUACCCAUCUAGUUGGUAAUGUGAUUAUGUGGCACCUUGGCUUUAGGUUUUAAUUCGCACGAACACCUUUUGGCAUGCUUAACUUUCUGGUAACACCCUCACCUGCAUUGGUUUUGUUUUUGGGGGUUUUGUUGUUUGUUUUUAAACCCACAGAACACAAAAAUCCUUUAUUGACAAGCCUUGGAAAGCUGACACUCUCUCCUCUCUGUAUCUGAACAGUGUAUUUAUAUGAAUGCUGGUCAGUGGGACAUUUUGUCAACUUUGAGUAUUGGGUGCUUCACUGUCUAAUAAUUGCUGUGUGAAUGUUGUAUACAAUUGUAAGGCUCUGUCACUAAAGAUUUUUAUUCUGAGUUCAUAAUCAAAGGUCAUGAUAUUGUAUAGACAUGCUUUGUAGUGAAGUAUAGUAGCAAUAAUUUCUGUACCAUGAACAAAAGUUUGUUGCAGCAUUUCUUUUCCGGAUCUCUUUUCUUUCUUUUUAAGUGUUAGCAUUAACAAAUGGCAAGGAGUAGAAAAGUCUACAAAGAUUUUUGGAGAACUUACAGAACACAGAUUUGUGAUUCUUUGGAUGUGACACUAUUGGAUGUUAUUCUAAAAUCGUUUAUUGAGCAUUGUCAAAUUUGUAAGCUUCAUAGGGAUGGACAUAAUAUUUAUAAUGCCCUUCUGUGUGCUACCAUAGAUGUGAACCUUAAUAUUGUCUUUGAAAAUGUUAAACUGAGAAUUCUGUUAACAUUUUAUGGAUUGACGCAUUGUAUUACUGCAAGAAAUACUUGAUUUUCAGCACAGUGCAAAAGUUCUUUAAAAAUGCAUAUGUCUUUUUUUUCUAAUUCCAUUUUGUUUUAAAGCACAUUUUAAAUGUAGUUUUCUCAUUUAGUAAAAGUUGUCUAAUUGAUAUGAA